AUGGAGCUAAAGCUUGAAAAGGAAAAAACGGGAAUAGAGAAAAAACGUUACCAACGGCGGACACACAACAGUUCAGGUGAGCUACUAGAUAAUCAUUGGCACGACUAA